CUAGCUUCAAACUCAGAAAUCUGACUGCCUCUGCCUCCAACAUGCUGGAAUUAAAGGCGUGCACCCCCACUACCUGGCUUCAUCUGUAUAGCUUGUAUUUCUGUUCUUUGUAUUGCACUAGCACUUUCAGUAUACAUUAAAACUAGUGAGAAUUUACCUAUACUUGGUUCCUGAUGUGUUCACACUUAUAAGUGAUGCUAAAUGUAAGGAGUGUGUGGGUGUUAAAUCAAAUGUAGGAAAUUUCCUUUUGCUGGGGUAUUUUUGUUACUGGGUGUUGGAAUUCAUCAGGCAUGUUAAUCAAUGUGUUGAGUUGAAGUCUAUUGAUGUAAUGCUUCACAUAAAGCUUUGAAUGUCAAACCAGACUUGCAUUCUGAGAAUAGCCAUAGUGUAUAAUUUUGUUUAGAUUUUGUGUUGUUAGUCCUUGCUGUUGUUUUAUUGAUGUUUUCCCUGGUUUCCUGAGUGAUGCGUUUACUGUCAUUGUCAAAUAACCAAACCAAUACAUGACCUUAGCAUACUAUAACAUUUAGCACUUUGGCGUAAACAUGCCUUAUUGCCACAGUUCCCUUUUACCUGGACCCAUUCCGUUGUUUUGUUUUGUUUUUCUUCUUGAAAUUGCAAACCUUCUGUUAAUAUUUCCUUUCUAUUUAGUGAAUUUUGUCUAUGCUAAGCUGGUGACGUUCUCAUUUUCUUUCAUCUAAGGAUGGCCUCACAUUCCCUUCUUUCUUGAAUGUAAUUUUUGUGCCAUAUAGGAUCCAUAUUGGGAGAAUAUUUUCAGUAUUAUUCCAUCCCUUUCAUUCCUUCUCUCAACUAUGGUUUCUGAUUAGAAAUCUACCAGUUGAACUGCUCAUAAUCUGUUGUUUCAGUUGAGGUAUAUUCAAAAUGCUUUUCUCUGUAAUGUUCAAUAGUUUGUGGUGUACCAGGUAUGGAAAAUUUGAGUUUCUUUUUCGUUGUUUUUUUGAUAGUGUCCUGAUAUAUAGUCAGGGCAGAUCUUGUACUACUGAACCCAGCAUAGCUUUGAACUUGAAGCGCUCUUCCUGUCUCAGUGUCCUGAAUAGUGGGAUCCCAGCUGUGAGAGUUUAUUUUGAUUGGUGUUGAUUUUUCUUUUGUUAUGAAGGUUUAUGCCCUUUGCCAAACUUGGGAGAUUUAAAGUUACUUUUUUUCAUCCGAAUUCUUUGUUUUUGUUUUUUUCCAGGAAUUUCAGUAAUACAAAUGAUUAAAUACCUUGUUAUUGUCCCAUGCAUCCUUGGGCUCUCACUUUCCCUUUUUCUCUUUAUAUUGGUUAAUGUCUAUUGAUCUGAAAUACCAUGUCUUUCUUUUGUCAUGUCUAGUCAACUGUUGCACUUUCCAUCUUUCUGUUUUUAUACUUUUCAAUGAAACAGAUUCAAUAAACAAAAGAAGCUCAUUGGCUGGAGUCCAGAGAAAAACCAAACAAUAUCCCAAUGAAGUCAUUUGGGAUGUGCUCAGUUUGAGCCUUAUCUGGGACUCAUGACCACUGUGGGAGAUCAUUGUUAGGACAUCUCAUUUGACACUCAUACUGAGUUUGUUUAAGAUAUGGCUUGAACAUAUGAUAUGUCCAAUUCUAGACUUCCAGAAGGGUGUGUGUGUGUGGGGGGGGUAUUCCACAUGAGCCACAUUGUUGAAACAAUUUAGGUACAAGAAUCAAGCCACUCUCCUUCUGGGGCUACUGUAACACCUGGAAUCUAAGUUACAAACUCCAAGCAAGAGGGAAAUUUGCAUGGUCAAAGGAUGUCUCAAGCUUUCUAUGUUGUAUCUUUUUCACAGUGGCCUGAUGAUUUUUUGUUUUUCUUUUUUGAGUUUUUAUUUGUUUUUUUUUAAAGUUUUUUUUCUUUGUGUGUUUGGGUAUCUGCACAUUUGCAUGUAAGAGGAUGUUGAAUCCUCUGCAGCUGGAGCUCCAGAUCGUUGUGAGAAACAUCCACUAUGGGUCCUGAGAACCAGACUCAGUUCUUCUGCAAGAACAGCAAUUCUCAUGAUUGUGAGCCAUCUCUUAGCCUGUUUGUAUUCUUUUUGUUUUGUAUUUAAUUUAUUGCUCAUUUUAAAAGCAAACUAAUUUCAACAUGACCAUUCUAUCCUGUUCACCAAGUAAUUAUUGAAUUCUAUCCUUCAGCUCAGCUACAUUUCACCACUCACCACCUGAUUAAUGAGAUCAAGAGUGAAUAUUCACAAAGGCAUGUAUGUAGCCUUACAGACCCAAUAUAUUCAAGACCUCAGAAGCUCCAACACUCGUGAAAAUGUACUCAAUAUCAGUCAUGUGUCAUCCUUUCCAUACCUGUUAUUCUAGGGAUGUGUCUGUUUAGCAAGAUCAGCAUCAAGCUUACUAGUAAUUACUGUGGUACCCACUUUUUAAAAUAAUUUAAGAAUUUUUUUAUUCAUUUUACAUAUCAACCCCAGAUUCCCCCUCUCAUCCCUCCUCCCACUCCCCACCAGCAUCCCCCGCCUCCGACAUACCCCCAUCACCUCUUUCAAAAGGAUAAAGGCUCCCUUGGGAAGUCAGCAGAGCCUGGUACAUUCAGCUGAGGCAGAACCAAGCCUUCAGAGGAGGGCAUCAGGACCCCCCGGGGGUGAGUUUUACAGGUGGCCAAGAGCAACCUAAUGUUGCUGGAUGCUGGGAACUCAACUUGAGUCUUCAGCAAGAGCAGCAAGUGUUCUUAGACACUAAGCUCUCUCUCGAAGUCGCUAUUCUGUCAACCGAGAUACCCAAAUUUGGGGCCUAUGAACUAGAGGACCAUUUCAUUUUAAACGCAAGGGCCCCAUGAAUGAAGCCCACUACGUGUUGAAAAACUAAAACCUCCAUCCCCAAGACUGAUAGAUGCGAAGCAGCUCUCCCUGCCUCAGAAGCAGGAGGGUUAAAAAAUAAGGCGUGUGCUGGAGAUACCUGAGUAAUGGCAUUAACCCAAGUAGCAGUGAAUUCCACACAAGGGGAGGAUGGUGGACUAAGAUACUAUUUUCUCUAUCUUUCUUCUUUCCAGGCAGUGGCCUGAAGGAGUCAGGAUCAGCUACAUAGCAGGGUACAGGGAAGAAACUACAUUACCCACAGUCCUAGGCCAAGGGCAAGAUUGGACCAGGCGGGACUUCCGUCGCCACAAUUGUGACGUCUGGGUUGCUGCCUGCUGUCCUCGAAACUGGUUUAGGAGUUGGGCUAGCCGGAUCACAUUGGAGCCCAGCAGGGAAUACAGCAAAACCAAAGCAUCUUUCUCCAUGCCUGUGUGACAGCUGGCAGUUCCUACACUUGAUCUUAGCCAAAAGACCGAGAAGCGAUCAGCUGGCAGUUCCUAGCCUGGUCACACCUAGAGUCAGUCCCCUAAGCCUUGUAGGCGUUGGUGCACCGUGCAGGCUGAGGGCGCCCCAGGUGUGGGUUUGCGACAGGGCGCCCCCACUGCCUGUGCACUUGGCUGUUUCACAGAUGGACCGUGCUCAGGUGAUUGGAAAUUCUCGCCCAGAUACAGAGGGCCGGGUGACCUUUGAGGAUGUAUACGUCAACUUCUCCCGGGAGGAGUGGGAACUCCUUGAUGAGCCACAGAGGCUACUCUACCUCAAUGUGAUGCUGGAGAACUUUUCACUUGUGGCCACACUUGGUUGUUGGUGUGAAUCAGAUGGCAAGGAGGCUCCUUGUGAGCACAGCAUCUCUGGAGAAGCCGUACCACAGACCAGGACUGCUGAAUCAAGUCUCUCCAUGCAAACUUCCCACCCCUGUGAGAAGUAUGACCCACUCCUGAAGAACAUUCUGCACCUGGCUGAACACCAUGGCUUAUGCCCUAAGCAGGUGCUGCAUGGAUGUGGGCUCAAUUCGAGAGGAUUCUUACUCACUACAAAACCUUUCCGGCGCAAGAAGCGGCACUGUGGAGAGAAACCCAUUGGAUGGGAAGACAGAGAAACGUCAUGCGUGAAGAAUGCAGUUCACGUGAUUGAGACACCAUUUGCAUGCAGAGAAGAAGAGAUGGACCAGCUGAACAGCUCCACCCUUCUUCAGUGCACAGUGCACAAUGAGGUGAAUCUGCACAAAAGGACUGAGCCCCCCGAGCCUCUCAGACAUAGAUCCAGGCUUGGGAAACACCAAGGAGACAGUGAUGGGAUGCCUCUCACAGGCAGUGAUAAGGGGAAUGCCUCCCUGAGCAGUGACAAUCAUACACCUCUUACUGAGGUGAAACCCAUUAGGUGUCUGCCAGUUGGAAAUGUGUUCAAGGAGACGUCACCUUUUUUUAAUCAAAGAAGCAUCCACAAAAGAGAAACAGCUUCUGUAUGUAAGGAGUGUGGCAAGACCUUUACUCACCUGUCUCAUCUAAAAAUACACCAGAAAGUUCACAGUGGGAAAAGUCAUUACCCAUGUAAUGAAUGUGGGAAGAUCUUCAGCCACAAAAGCACACUUAUGCAGCACCAGAGAGUUCACACAGGGGAAAGACCUUUUAAGUGCAGCGAUUGUGACAAAGCCUUCAGUCGUAAAGACACACUUGUUCAACAUCAAAGAUGUCAUACAGGAGAAAAACCUUACCAGUGUAGUGAAUGUGGGAAAGUCUUCACCCAAAAUUCUAUCCUUAUAAAACAUCAAAGGGUCCAUACCAAAGCAAGAUCCUAUGUUUGUAGCAAGUGUGGAAAAGCCUUUGGCUGCAAAGACACCUUUGUUCAGCACCAGAUAAUUCACAGUGGUACAAAGCCAUAUGAGUGUAGUCAAUGUGGGAAGGCCUUCAGUCACAAAGACACACUUGUAAAGCACCAGAAAAUCCACACCGGAGAAGGGCCCUAUAUUUGCAGCAAGUGUGGGAAAGCCUUUGGCUACAAAGUCACACUUGUUCAUCACCAGAAAAUUCACACUGGUACAAAGCCCUAUGAGUGUAGUCAAUGUGGGAAGGCCUUCCGCCUCAAAGGCACGCUUGUAAAGCACCAGAAUAUCCACACUGGAGAAAGGCCUUAUGAAUGUGGUGAAUGCGGGAAAUUCUUUCGUCAAAGUUCCCAACUUAUUGUACACCAGAGAAUUCAUACUGGAGCUAAACCUUAUGAAUGCAGUGAAUGUGGGAAAUGUUUUAGUCAUAGCUCUAGCCUCAUUGUACAUCAAAGAGUUCAUACUGGAGCGAGGCCUUAUGUGUGUAAGGACUGUGGGAAAACCUACAUUAGUAGCUCCCACCUUGUUCAGCACAAGAAAGUUCAUACUGGAGCCAGGCCUUAUGAGUGCAGUGAAUGUGGGAAAUUCUUCAGUCGCAAUUCUAGCCUCAUUGUUCACCAGAGAGUUCACACUGGAGAAAAGCCCUGUGUCUGCACUGAUUGUGGAAAAGCCUUUAGCAGAAGUUCUCAUCUUACACGACACCAGAAAGUGCACAUGGAAAAAAGGCCUCGUGUGUGCAACAGCUUUGGUGACCUCUUCGCUGUACCUCUCAAACUUGUUUAGCAUGAAAAAUAGUUCAGCCAGGCAUGGUGGUGCACACCUUUAAUUCCACCUUUAAUCGAGAGGCAGAGGCAGGCGUAUCUAUGUGAGUUCAAGGCCACCCUAGUCUACAAAGCAAGUUCAGGACAGCUAGGGCUAUUACACAGAGAAACCCUGUCUUGAAAAACCAAAACAACAACAAAGUCAUCCUAGAGAAAAGCCUUAUGGCAAGGGAGAAAUCUGCUCUUCCCUUUUGUAAGCUAAUAGUCACUUCAAAGCAAAGCUCAGUAAGUACUGUUUAUGCAGAACCCAUCAUCCUGCAGAUUAACCUGGUCUAUUCUAUCUAUCAGGGGAGAUUCCCAGUUAAUAUCAUGUAUAGGAAAUUAUUAUAGGAUGUAUUCAACUUUCUAAACUGUUCAUGGCUCUUGAGUUAUGUCACUGCCAAAGUUUAUGGAUGCCAUCUCAUUAUAUCCAUCUGUUUUCAUCAGUCCAUUCUGUCCUAGGAAGGCAAAUAUUUGUUUGCUGUCCCCUACAGGUAAUCAUGAAUGUUCCAGAGCCCGCUGAGGCUUCUCUUCCUCCCUUUAUAAUUAGAAUCUGAGCAAGUAGCUAGCUUUGACUAAAAGGAACCCAGCUAAGGUCUCUGUUGAAGUAAUUGGUCCUAAUAAAAACUAAUUGGUCCUAAUAAAAACCUGGAGCCAGAUAUCAGGGUGAAAGCUGAAAGAUCAGAAAAGCAGAACAAGCCACAGCCACUACCUCUUACCAACU